AUGCCAAAUAUGACAAAUCUUACGGACAUCGUGGAGGAAGACUGGAUGGAUCUUUGCGAUGACGGAUCCUUGCUGGAUCAAGACGUCGUGCGAUACCCUCUUAUUCUAAUCUACUUGAUCGUGUUUACCAUAUGCUUACUUGGUGAGUGCUUUUGAUU